AUGGGUGGCUCCUCUGGAGAAAGUUCUCCCGUCUCUUCAGGCGGUGGCUCUUCUUUCUCCUCCGGCGGAAGAGGCUCCUCUUCCUGGGACUAUAUAGACUCUGGGGGAAGUAGAGGGCAGGGAGGAGGACGGAGAGGCAGCAAAGUAGAUGUUAUAAUAUUCGUUACCAGCGUCGUGAUCUUAGUUUUAUUCUGUGCCGGUUUUAUGAUUGCCUUCUGCUGCUCUGAAAACGAAAAAGAUCGGAAAAGGAAAAAAUCAGAACAGUACAGGAGAGAGCCAAUAAAAUCAGAACAGUACACGCUUAUAAUGGUUCAGGUGGGCCUAAUGGGCACGGCUCUUUCACUUCAAAACGAGCUCAAUGAAAUUUCCAGCACUGCAAACACUUCUACAGCGAGGGGAUGGCACCGCAUACUGACAAAAACAGUGUCGGCGCUUCUACGAUAUCCAGAAUACAUGAUCUCUGGCUUUUCAUCGGUAGAAAAGUAUAGUACCACUGGAGUAUUGCUAAUGAGGUUCAAGCAGCUCUCGAGUGAAGAAAACGAGAAGUGUCAUGCAGGAUCACUGGUGACAAUCCUGGUGGCUGCUAACAGCAUGUAUAAAGUUCCUGCUAUUAGAAGCACAGAGGACAUCAAAGGUGCCUUGCUAUCUUUGAAUGUUGACGCACAAGAACUUGAGGCUGUAGAGGUGCUCUGGACUCCGCAGGCUGAGAAUGAAACAUUGUCUGAGCAGGGAUUUAUCCAAAACUACCCACGUUUGAGGCCGGAUUUUAUGACCUGA